GGCAGAGCACUCCUCGUGAUCCUGGACUAAUUGAACGAAUAACGUGUGCUUUACUGUUGGUAGCUGACUUGCAAUCGUGGGUAGGGAAAACCAGAAGAUAAGGAUUCCGCAAAUAAAAAGAUGGGAUUUUAUUAAGAUGAGAUGGCCUUUUUUCAUGAAACAGGAGCUAGUAAUGGUAUACGUGAUGAUGGUUCGUGCACAUCUGACUGAAAGCACAGCCAUGCGCCUCGUCCAUGUUAUCUCCCUCUUUCAGUGCAUUGCAGCCAACGAAGAAACUAGGCAGGAGUUGAUCAAAUGUGAAAUUCCCAACUUGCUGAUGCCUAUAGUGAUGUUUAAAUCCCCGUUCGAAGUAUAUGAGAAUGUUCGAGCUGUCGCAUUGUCAGUGUUUGGGAUAAUAUGCGAGCGUGGAGGACCUGCCGCGAUCAGAUGGGCAUUCCAAAUGGAUAUCCUGCACAUAUGCUGGUUCAUCAUGAAGUUCGGGAAUGAACUUAGCAAACUGAUUGCGUUGCACAUUCUUGAGUUUGUACUGAAAGACAAGUUUGGGAUAUCGUGGUUUCUCUCCGGAGCCUGCGACCCAGGGCGGAAUAAUCUUCUGCAGACGAUGGAAGAUCUAGUCAUGACAAUGGCCGCAUACAACAACUGUCUUCCUCGGCUCCUGUUUCACAUCAUUCGGUGUUACAUCUUUCUAUGUGCUGAUUCAAGGGGACACGCGAUCAUGAAAGUGGCUCUGCCUAUUCCUCUAAAUGAUCCAACUUACCCUAGCAUCCUCUGGAUGCGUGACCGCACAGUAUGGAAAUUGCUUGGAGAACUACGGCAGAUUUUGUACAAAGAUUUCGUCGCUGCUGAACAAAAACCUUUGGCAAGACGAUGGUAUGAAUGAAGACUUUGCGGGUUCUUCUAUCUUUCACUGUACAUGGAUCUGCAGGAGCAUGGAUACAUAGUCCACUAGUAUCUUUCGCAUUCUUUACUUUAAAUUCGAUCUCCUAGCUACAUCCGAUUUUUAUAGUUUACCACAGUUUGAGAAAUAUUUCGGUCUCUGAAAAAUAUAAGCACAAUCGUGUAGUUAUCUCUUCAUUAGUGAUGGCUCUCUUGAUCCAUACUCGCAGGUUUAAUGUAUAAGUUGUAUCCAUGGUGAGGUAAUUGCCUCAACCUAUUGGUGCCACCAAGGUUCU